GCCUGAUGUGGUUCCUCCGAGUCACAAAGCAGUACCUCCCCCACGUGGCACGCCUCUGCCUGAUCAGCACCUUCUUGGAGGAUGGCAUCCGCAUGUGGCUCCAGUGGAGCGAGCAGCGUGACUACAUCGACACCACUUGGAGCUGCGGCUACCUGCUGGCCUCCUCCUUCGUGUUCCUCAACUUGCUGGGACAGCUGACUGGCUGUAUCCUGGUGUUGAGCAGAAACUUCGUACAAUACGCCUGCUUUGGGCUGUUUGGAAUCAUAGCACUGCAGACGAUUGCCUACAGCAUUCUGUGGGACUUGAAGUUUCUGAUGAGGAACCUGGCCCUGGGAGGCGGCUUGUUGUUGCUCUUGGCGGAGUCCCGCUCCGAAGGGAAGAGCAUGUUUGCGGGCGUCCCCACCAUGCGCGAGAGCUCCCCCAAACAGUACAUGCAGCUCGGAGGCAGGGUCUUGCUGGUUCUGAUGUUCAUGACCCUCCUGCACUUUGACGCCAGCUUCUUCUCUGUUGUCCAGAACAUUGUGGGCACAGCUCUGAUGAUUUUGGUGGCCAUUGGUUUUAAAACCAAGCUGGCUGCUUUGACUCUUGUCGUCUGGCUGUUUGCCAUCAACGUGUACUUCAAUGCCUUCUGGACCAUUCCAGUCUACAAGCCCAUGCAUGACUUCCUGAAAUACGACUUCUUCCAGACCAUGUCAGUGAUCGGAGGUUUGCUUCUGGUGGUGGCCCUGGGCCCUGGGGGUGUCUCCAUGGACGAGAAGAAGAAGGAGUGGUAACAGCAGCAGCCCUGCCCUACCCGGCCAAGAGCCGUGGCUGCGGAGGACCGGCUCAGGGUGGGUCCAACAAAACUGCCAGCAUUUCUGUAUCCUCUCCUUCCCCUCCCCUGGCAAAGGCACAGAUGUUUUGAGAACUUUAUUUGCAAAGGCACCUGAAAAUUGAUGGCUAAAUCAGCUCUGGAACCACAAUCUGGUAUCCAGCUAUUCCAUGCUGGCCUGCCUAGAGGUGAGCAGCCUCCCCACGCCAAGGUGUUUGGAGUGAACAGCCUGGUCGAUUGUGGCCUCUCAGUCCUAUUUUGGGGGGGAUAGCGGGGAGUGAGCCUUCAAGCUGUACUGUGAGCAGACACAUUUGUAUUUCAUUCAAAGCAGUCUCCCUCUUAUUUUUUAUGAUUUUAGUUCAAACUACUAAAUGAUUUUGGAUGACCCGAACAUCACAGUUAAACUCCAUUUUAAAAUGGUACCCAUGGCUUCAACAUCGUUUCUGCCUGUGCAUUGUAGUACUUUAUAGGAACGGUGAAAACAUUUAGAGAAACCCAGAACCCAAAGACUGACACAGUAUUAGAAGAUGACUAAAGCUGCUCUUUAUGGUAAAGGUCAUUAAGCAGAAAAUCCGCUGGGAUUGGAGCAAAGGUUUUUUAAUUGGGAAAUGCCCUGGGAGCUGUAUUUCCUCAAGGUAGGGACUGAAGGGCUAUUGGCCCUCAGAGAGCUCCCAGCCACCCAGAGCAUGGCAGAGGUAGUGCUGGCGAGGACACCACUCGCAGGACAGGCCUGGCCACCCUGGGCAGAGCAGCGACAGGACAUGCUGUCAGCCCAGUUACCUCACACUUGACCUUUCCACAGAGCACGGUCUGGACCACAAGCCUCCACUUGCCCACGUACCCCAUGCUGCGCUCACCGUCGGGCAGCCCCUCCCCACUUCCCUGAGGCUGCUGCUCAGAUUUUGUCAGUUUGCUAUGCUGAAUGCAGCCAAAAUUACUUUUUACAGUUUGUGAUGCCUUACGGAUGUGAUCUUAAUCCUGUAUUUAAAGUUUUCUAACACUGCCUUAUCCUAUGUUUCUUUUUGCGGGGAAGGGGGAUCCAGUUAUUGCUGCUGUUCUGCUCAUCUGCAAGGUAGUGAAUGCCACAGGGGCCAUCAGAACACCUCUCUCUGGGCCCAGAUGCUGCUGGGGACAGACUGGACCAGGCUGGAUACACAGCAUGAUCCCCUGAGGGGAGGCAGCAGUGCACCCCACACUUGGAGUGAGGGCUUUCUUGGGGUCCAUCCUCCCUGGCACGGUCAGCUGGGUUGUGCGGGACUGAGGUCUGUCCCUGGGGCUGCAGAAGGUCAGUCUUGACCCAGUUUCCAUGCUCACCUUCCCCACAAGGAGGGGUGAGGCCCGCUUCCCAGUGCUCUGGGAAGCCUCCCCCUGCAGCCUGGACCCACCUGCCCCAAGGGGAGUGUCAGUGCACCUUUCAGCACCCAUCUCACGUCCCAAGGCAUUUUUACAUCCUCCCCUAGUGUUUAUAAGCAUGGCUUCAAGACACAGGGUUCUUUCCUCCUUGAGAUCACUCAGACAGACGCUCACUACAUAAAGGGCAGUUUUUAACAUCACCUCAGUGGGGCUGUCUCUUAGCCCACACUUGCCCCCAUUAACACAGUCAAUGACAAAUGACACUCGGCCAAGUCAGUUUCUCUGUGGCCACUGUUGCUGGUUUGUGGAAAGUGGGGUUGAUCGCACGAGACUAAGUGCAUAGUUCACACCAGUUCUCUAAAAGCGGCAGCCUCGAUCCUAGUGGUCAUUCCUGUCCCCUCUGGCUCUGAGUGGACUAGUGCUCGGGACAGCAGGAGAUGCCUUUGCUGGGAGGAGAGGAAAAUUAGGAUAUACCAGUUGGUUUAUGGCAAAACAAUUUCCAAAAAAAUUUUUCGCUUUAUUUGAGAAAUAGGUAUAAAUCUCAUUUUAUGCUGUACCUUAUACCUUAGUUGUCUUGAAAACGUUUUGAUUUUUGGAAACACAUCAAAAUAAACAGUGGCAUUGGUUGUA